AUGCGUCGUCUCGUUCUUAGCAACCCUUUCGUGGCGGUUGUCGCACCGAUCCUUCUCGGUGUGCUGGCGCACAAGGUUCUGAGUAAGAGGAGAGCAAGUGCGCUAAGAGACGCGGAUGAUCAGCAUCCUGGUACGCCUAGUCCUCCGAUCCAGCCGAGUGAAAAUGACUACGACGUGUUCUUAAACUUUCGAGGCAGAGAUACUAGAGAGCGCUUUGUCGACCACCUCUACUGUGGCCUCGUCAAUGCCGGGAUCUGUGUCUUCAGGGACGAUGCUGAGCUCCUCAAAGGCGAGGAUUUGAGCUCAAAUCUUCAGGAAGCCCUUGAGAACAGUAAGAUUUUCAUCCCGAUUAUCUCUGAGAAUUAUGCUUCUAGUAAAUGGUGCCUUGAUGAACUGCCCAAAAGGUGGUUGUGCACAAAUGGAAGCAAGCUCUUGGAGAAGUCAGUUCCUUAUGAGGAUGGGAAGUUGCUAAUGGGUAGGAGUGAAGGAGAAUUGGUAGAAUUGGUUGUGCACAAAGUUUUGAAAGAGUUGAAGAAAGCGGUGGAGUUCGUUGUUAGUGAUUAUCUGGUUGGCAUUGACAGUUCUGUGGAGGAGGUUAUGGAAUUGGUAAAUAAGAAUGCCAGUGCUACCUUGCGUGUGGGAAUUUAUGGAAUUGGGGGAAUUGGUAAGAUGACUCUUGCCAAAAUCAUAUACAACAAGUUGUCCAAUCAAUUUGUGCAUCGUAGCUUCAUUGCAGACAUCAGGGAAUCAUGUAAUUGUAAUGGUAUUAAUUACUUGCAAAAUCAAUUAAUCUUUGAUAUGCAGAAAGAGAAAAUUCAAUUUUGUAAUAGCGACGAAGGAAUCAAGUACAUAUCAUCUAGGUUAAAAGAUAAGAAAGUUCUCAUUAUUCUUGAUGAUGUGGAUACUGCUAAUCAGUUAGAGGCUUUGGUUGGAAAUCCUGUUUGGUUUGCGUCAGGAAGUAGGAUUUUUGUUACCGCUAGAAAUGAGAGUGUUCUUGAUAGGACCGGAGUGGACAUCAAGUACGAGCAUAAGCAAAUGGAUGAGGAGCAAUCUCUUAUCCUAUUUUCUAGACAUGCAUUUCAAAGAGACUAUCCUCCAAGUGAAAUUUUAGCUCUCUCUCGUUGUGUGUUAUCUACAACGGGGGGAAUUCCCUUGGCUAUUGAGGUUGCAGUGCAAGCAAGGUCGAGGAUAAUUGAUGUAGAAGUGAAGGAGGAUCGAAGAAAUGUGGAAGAUGCGAAUCUUGCCACGUAUGGUCCUUCCAUACUGCCAAGUGAAAAUGAUUAUGAAGUGUUCUUGAGUUUUAGAGGUGUAGAUACUCGAAGAGAUUUCACUGACUAUCUCUACAAUAGCCUCAUCGAUGCUGGAAUCCGUGUCUUGAGGGAUGAUGAUGAGCUCCCCGUAGGUGAGAGAUUGAGCGAAGAACUUAUGCAAGUCAUUAGGAACAUCAACAUUUUGAUCCCAAUUAUCUCUGUAAAUUAUGCUUCUAGCAAAUGGUGUCUUGAUGAACUGCAGGAAAUGCUUAGGGCACCUAGUGUUCCCUAUAUUUUACCAAGUGGAACCUGCGGAUGUCCAAGGUCAAAAGGGUCGUUUUGGAGAAGCAUUUCAUUAUUCCGGAAGGUGUUUCGAUCCAGAGUCUACGGAGGAAUGGAAGCAAGCGCUGAUAGAAGUCAGCUCCUUACGAGGAUGGCAGUUUGCUAA